AUGGCUUUAAAUAGUUUGCCCGAUACUCCCGCAGAGGACCACAAGUCGACUUGCUCUAAAUAUAGCACCACGACAAGUACUAAGUCGGGCAAGCCUCCACACCGUGUCUUGAAACGAUCAAGCUCCAGUGCUGCCACAAUUCACCACUGUAACCAUGUUGCGCAUAGUGCUGGUAUGGACGGUCGACAUAAGCGUGUCUCGAAGGCUUGUGAGAGAUGUCGAAUGAAGAAGACCAAGUGCGACAGUAAUUUCCCCUGCAAACGAUGCAAGGAUGAUGGUCAGAUCUGCACCGCUGGUGUUAGAAAGAAGAGGAAAUACAAGCAACUGCCACAAGGAUACGCUGAAGUCCUUGAAAACACGCAACUCAUGUUUAUCGCUACUAUCUACAAGCUUUACUCCAUGGUCAGGAAUAACGAGCCCUGGGAGCUGGGCGAACCUGGAUCGAACGACCACGGCCAGCCCGUAGUCCACGACAUUGCUCAGAAGCUCGGCUGCGCCCGACCCAGCAGCGACAUCAACCCCCCCCUGCAUUUAGGCUUCCCCGAAGACGAAGUCAGCAUGACGAAGUUGACACUCCCGCUCGAGGAGCAACAGAAGGAGAACGAGUCUCAGAAGGGGUUCAAUGACGCAGACUCUUCCGUAUGUAACCGAACCGAGCGGGCGUCGUCCUCGGAACUUGAUCACUCCGACAUUGAGUGCGGCUAUCCAGCGGCUGCCUUUGGCAACACCAACAAUGCGAUGACCUUGUCGGCCCAGAGCUUCACAGGCAGCAGCAACGACGUCGCCUUUGACCCUCUGCCUCCUGAAACCGGCGACUUAACCACGUUCCCUUCGCAAUCGCCCUCGACACCGAAUCUCCCCCCCUGGUCUAUGGCCGCCAAGGCCCAAAACAGCGAUCUGACUCUGCAGUUCGUACAAGAGCUAGAAAUUAUGGGUAGAAUGAACAUGAUGAACCAGAGGCGCGUAGAAUCAGAGCCUGGCACUAUCCUCGCGUCCUGUCAUGUCCCUGACCCUGAGAUCAUAAUGGGCACGGGCGAUCUGAUGAUUUAUUCUGGUUAUGACGGCGAACCGAUAUUGUCAAGGGUCUGA